CGUUUCUACCAUCUGCCCGUUAUCCACGUUUUAUCGAAGCAUUAGACGCCGAACGACGGAACGAUGAAACGCAAAGAAUCAUCAUAAAUUUGAAUAUCUUGAAUACGAGAAAUUAGCAGAGCCAUGCCACCGAUUCUCAAUGAGAAAUUAGUAUACAUGACCUCACGCUUGGAAGAGAUUGUGGUUAUCCCCUGUGUGGCCUAUGCGAAUCCACGUCCAUCAAACAGAUGGUAUUACAAGAGAAAUCAACGUGACGAGCCUCUCGAUGACACCUCGGGACACUUUUUAAUGAGAGAUGGCUCCCUAAUUAUCCAAGGGGUACAGGAAAGCGAUGCUGGAUCGUACAUAUGCACUGCCAGUAAUUCCGAGGGUAAUGACACCCUCGAAGUUAGACUGACUGUUUCAGCCCCACUCAGUGUUCAUAUUCAGCCCGCAAUGCAGACCGUAGAUCUUGGUAAACCAGCUUAUCUAACCUGCAGUGCCAGCGGUUUCCCUCAAGCUGCCCUCUACUGGCUCAAAGAUGGUCAACCCUUAAGGACUGGGGCACGAGUACGUUCAGUCUCGCGCGGACAGAUCUCGGUGACAUCUGUGGCUCGCGAGGAUCGAGGAAUGUACCAAUGCUUCGUACGGAAUGAGCACGAGAUGGCUCAAGGAAUAGCUGAGCUGCGAUUGGGAGAAAUUUCACCGCAGUUGGUCUACCGAUUUAUCGAACAGACUAUGCAACCUGGUCCGUCAGUUUCAUUGAAGUGCAGUGCCGCUGGGAAUCCAACGCCGCAGAUAUCAUGGCUUCUUGACGGCUUUCCGUUGCCACAGAAUGACAGACUUCUCAUCGGACAAUACGUCACGGUGUACGGUGACGUCAUUUCUCACGUUAACGUAUCAUCGGUUAAGCCUGAAGAUGGCGGAGAAUACGAGUGCAUGGCAAGCAGUCGUGCUGGCGAAGCCAGACACUCAGCCAGACUCAAUAUUUACGGUAUACCGUAUGUGAGACCGAUGGCGCCAAUUUCCGCUGUGGCCGGAAAGCAGCUUCGCAUAAAGUGUCCCGUUGCGGGUUAUCCGAUAGAAUCUAUCGUCUGGGAGAAGGAUGGUGUCAGACUACCGACGAACAUGCGACAAAGGGUGGCAAAUGGUACUCUUUAUAUAGACACUGUGCAAAAAAGUGCCGAUCAGGGCACUUAUACUUGCACCGCAAAAAACAAACACAACUUUACGUCACAUCGGGCUGUAGAUGUGCGAGUGCUUGUGCCACCUAAAAUCACGCCUUUCAGUUUUGCUCGCGAUUUAAACGUAGGGGACCGUACUAGCAUACAGUGCGUUGUCGUGACGGGCGACCUGCCGCUCACAUUCACGUGGUUGAAAGAUAACGUGCCGAUAGAAGCGUCGUCGUCGGAUGAAGUCGUGGCGUCGGCGUCGGGCACGAUCGUGGCCGUGUCAAAGACGGACGAUCGGCGCCAGAUUGCACCGCGCGGUGGCGGUGCCGGGGCUGGCGCUGGUGUCGGCGGUGGCGGUGGUACUACCGGUACUAACGGAAGGUUAGAAAAGACGCCGCGAAAGAGCAUCACCGUGCGCCAAUAUGACGCCUUUAAUAGCGCCCUGAGCAUUGGCAAAAUCGCCCCCGCGCACAACGGCACGUAUACCUGUCGAGUGGCCAAUGGCGCCGCCAGCGUCGCUCAUUCUGCACUCCUCCACGUCAACGUUCCGCCUAGAUGGACGGUGGAACCUAUCGACCAGACCGCCAUUGUAGGUCACGGCGUCUCCAUCGCUUGUCAGGCAGAAGGAUUUCCGAUUCCAACUAUAAGUUGGAAGCAAUCCAUUGGUAAGUUUCCUCGAAAACGAAGAAAACGGUGUGUGCUCCCGAGACGAAUGUGAAAGGUGGGAAACUGAAUAAGAGAAACAAGAAUGCCAGCUUUGACGCGUUGACGGCGGAAAGAAUUUUUCUCCUUUCUAAUGUAUUUGGCUAUGAAAAUUUUGUUGAAUCGCCGUAUGAGUGUUGGAAAGAUUAAUGGUCCUUCAGUGGCUACUCGUGUAGUUUUGCUACACUUGUCUUGUGUAAUACGUAUAGUUAUACUUAUAAUGCAGCAUGGUACAGGAGAUCUCGAUCAUUCUUCAUCCGUCUUGGUGGGACGUAGCUUUCAUUAAGUUAUGCUGGAGCAGAACUCGCGCUAUCCAUCACAAAUUUUCGCUGAUCAGACGCUCGCAGCAGUUUCAUUGAAACUCGGUGUAAUAUACCUAGCGAGCUAGUAGUUACCUCUACUACCGAUUUACUUUUUGACGUCGAAUGAAAGGCAGACAGGCGGCGAACAAGAGUAUCAAAUAUUCGGUACUAAAUUUAAAUAGGUCAAGUACUCGUGUGGAAUUACGUUAAGACUCAAAUUUUCUGUAUUAUAAUAUUGAUAUUGCACAUGUUGCGAAUUUUUCACGUGA